AUGGACCACCUGGGCCAGGAACUGAAGCUGCUACAAGAUCCCCCGAAUGGCACCAAAGAAAAACCAGCCGCCUCCUGCAAGGAGCUUUUGCUGGCCCACCCCCACCUGGCAGACGGCUAUUAUUACAUAGACCCCAACCAGGGCAGCCCCCAAGACUCUUUCAUCGCGUUCUGCAACUUCACAGCAGGGGGAGAGAGCUGCAUCUCCCCCACGCAAAACCAGGUCCCUAUCAAGGCUUGGUUGAGAGCAUACACUUCAGAAGACACCUUCCAGUGGUUCAGUUCCCUUCCCGGCGGUUUCAUGCUGGAGUACCAAAGUUUGAGCACCGUCCAGCUUCGCUUCUUGAAACUUCACAGCACCUUGGCCACCCAGAAGGUGUCCUAUUCCUGCAGACCCCAUCCAGAGGGGCGAAAACUACAACUGGAAAAAGAGAUCAAGUUCCUUGCUGACUCCCGGGAUCAGAGUUACGUGACCACCCUUCAGGGAUGUACGCUGGACAACGAGUCUUCUGUCAUGGACACAAUCUUUCACUUCUCCACGGAGGACCUCACACUUUUGCCCCUGCGUGAUCUGACUGUGUAUCACAACGGUGACACCUCCCAUGAGUUUGGGUUUACAGUUGGGCCUGUUUGCUUUAGCUAAGAUUGGAGAGAGACCCCCGUGCAGACCCAGCUGGCUUUCAAAAACCAUGUCUCCUAUUUAUAAGUUCCUUGCCUCUAGCUGCAUUAUGCCACAGGCUGUGCUUCCGUCUGAAGGAUGGAGAAUAAUAUUUUAUGUUUACAAGGCUAUUGUUUGAAAGUUGCAUUUCUUUAUGAACAU